AUGCCCGACGUCGCUGCUGCUCCCGUCGAGCUCAAGCGGAUGGGGCACGAGCGCCGGCGCGCGCUUCACCGCAAACUUUUCGAAGACCAGAUGCGCGCGCUCGCGAAUGACAUGCAGGGCUUCGCCAUCUCAGCGCUUACUAUGUCCCCGCGCGUCAGCGCCCUGCUCACUGGCGAAGAUAAUCCUCCUAGCCUGCCCACCUCGCUCGUCCAGGACAGUCUUGACGUCGACCAUAUGGCACAUGUAGUCGGCACGAACGGCUUAGACAAGCGCAAGUCUGUCACUUAUGCGCCGAUCGCGCGCUCCUGA